UCCGGCUCCCGGGAGCGGAGCGGCAGCUCGGCGCGCGCGGGAGGUGCCGGCGGCGGCCUGGAGAUGUCCCGCCGGGGCCGUCGCCUGCUCGCCGCCUACCUGUUCCCGGCCCUGCUCCUCUACGGGCUGGGAGAGGGUUCUGCUCUCCUGCAUCCUGAUAGCAGAUCCCAUCCGCGGUCUUUAGAAAAAAGUGCUUGGAGGGCUUUCAAGGAAUCACAAUGUCAUCACAUGCUCAAACAUCUCCACAAUGGUGCGAGGAUCACUGUUCAGAUGCCACCGGCAAUCGAGGGACACUGGGUAUCUACCGGCUGUGAAGUCAGGUCAGGCCCUGAGUUCCUCACAAGGUCUUACAGAUUCUACCAUAACAACACCUUCAAGGCCUACCAGUUUUAUUACGGUGGCAACCGUUGCACGAACCCCACCUACACCCUCAUCAUCCGGGGAAAGAUUCGCCUGCGCCAAGCCUCCUGGAUCAUCCGUGGGGGCACGGAAGCUGACUACCAGCUGCACAAUGUCCAGGUCAUCUGCCACACGGAGGCAGUGGCUGAGCGGCUCAGCCAGCUGGUGAACCGCACAUGCCCAGGAUUCGUCCCCAUGGGAGGUGCCUGGGUUCAGGAUGUGCCUUACGACCUGUGGCGGGAGGAGAACGGCUGUGAAUGCACAAAGGCUGUGAACUUUGCCAUGCAUGAGCUGCAGCUCAUCCGUGUGGAGAAGCAGUACCUGCAGCACAACCUGGAUCGCCUGGUUGAGGAGCUUUUCCUGGGUGACAUCCACACUGACACCAUGCAGAGGAUGUUUUACCGACCAUCCAGCUACCAGCCACCACUGCAGAAUGCCAAGAACCACGACCAUGCCUGCAUCGCCUGCCGCAUCAUCCACCGCUCAGACGAGCACCGCCCGCCCCUGUUGCCCCCCAAAGCUGACCUGACUGUGGGCCUUCAUGGCGAGUGGGUGAGCCAGCGCUGUGAGGUUCGGCCUGAAGUCCUCUUCCUCACCCGCCAUUUCAUCUUCCACGACAACAACAACACCUGGGAGGGUCACUACUACCACUACUCUGACCCCGUCUGCAAGCACCCCACCUUCACCAUCUAUGCCAAAGGCCGCUACAGCCGAGGCGUGCACUCAUCCAAGGUUAUGGGCGGCACAGAGUUUGUGUUCAAAGUGAAUCACAUGAAAGUCACCCCCAUGGAUGCAGCCACAGCCUCACUUCUUAACGUCUUCAACGGUAAUGAGUGUGGUGCUGAGGGUUCCUGGCAGGUGGGUGUCCAACAGGAUGUGACCCACACCAACGGCUGCGUUGCGCUGGGCAUCAAACUACCUCACACCGAGUAUGAGAUCUUCAAAAUGGAACAAGACGUUCGGGGCCGCUACUUGCUCUUCAAUGGCCAGAGGCCCAGCGAUGGCUCGAGCCCAGACAGGCCAGAGAAGAGAGCCACAUCUUACCAGAUGCCUUUAGUCCAAUGUGCCUCUUCCAUGCCCAGAGCUGAGGACUUCACUGAAGACCACAGGGGUCCCCGAGAUGGGAGCUGGGCCCCUGAUGGGAGCACUUGCCCUCCGCUCCUUGCUCUGCUUGCUGGAAUUUUGACUCUGCUGCACUGGAACAUCCUCAGAUAGAAGUUUUCUUAUUUUUAUUUUUCCAAACCAGGAUUCCUUAUAAGGGACAGACAUAGUCUCCUAAUGGAAAGAAAGGAUGCUUAUUUUUCUGAUGCACUUGAAUGCCCCAGAACUAUCUUUGCUUUUCUCCUCUGCUUUCCCCUCUCCCAGUCCAAAUCAUGCACAGCCUGUUUGAAGUCCAUCCUGUCAGACCCCUGGCCUGGGGCGGUAACAGAGUAAUUGCACUUUAAGGCUUCAGAGGGUUUGGGACUAGUGUGGUGAACAGAGGUGAGAGCUCAAUUCUCAUCUUUUCUUCCCCUGACUUAUUAUUGGAUUUCUGAGUUGAACUUGGAAAAGCAGAUGUCAAGCUGUUGCUGUACCUGCCACUUUACUGCAGAUGCCUCCUGUUCUCCUUAGAAACUGUUCUCCUCUCUUAGAUUUUACAACCUGGACUCCCGUGCAGAGUGAAUUUGGACAUACCAUGAAGCCACCUUUCAUUAAAGAAAAAGAGAAAGUAAAGUAUGUAGAUAUGUACAUAGGAAAGACCAAGCUUCCUCUCAGCACCAUGACUGCCUCCCUGCCAACAAAGAGAGUCUAGACUUGGGAAUACUGUGGAAAAGUAUCUGUAAUUAAACCUUCAAAGUGAUUUAAA